UGGUCGAGCGUGUUGUAAUUUAUUAGAACCUCGCGCUCUUGUGGCUCUGCCUUCAGCCUUCGCUAGUAAUAUCUGGUCGAAGACCGAGAUGGUGUUCGGAUGAAUAAAAUCUGAGGUGAAACUGUGUUUAGUUUUUCGUCGCGUUUUGGUUUUUUCAACUUAAAUAGUGAUUGAUAAAUAAAUGUAGUGAGACGGAAUGUCAUCUGGGUAUUGAUCGUUGGAAAACUCCCAUAGAUCAACUGGAAAUGGCCACCACCGUGGAAAACCUGUCAGAUGGAGGCUCGAAGAAAGACAGAAUUCGACUGGCCAAAGAAAGAAGAGAGGAGAAAGAUAAGAGCCAAGCUGUGCGGGAGCGAGCUCUCUUGGAGAAGGAGCAGCGCGCACAGCUGCAGUAUGAACGCUCGCUGGUGGAGCGAGGGAGGCGUCUGGAGGAGCAGCGGCAAAAGGAGAUGCUCCGUCGUUCCGCCGUGGAGGAGAAAAGGAAGCAGUGCAUGGAGGAGGAAAAGGUCAGGGGUUACAGCCAAACUUUAUUCUCUUUGGGGUAUGCACUCAAAGGACAGAUAAAAUGCCUGAAUCGCAGCCCAAACGCUGGACCUGGGGUGGACCUCCAGGAGUCUGCGAGGGUGAUCGCACAAAAUAUUGCCCCGCCCUCUCCUGCUUCAGCCUCCUUAACCAAUGACCCCGCUGCUCACCCUCCUGCCAGCAAAUCCAGGAACGGUACUGACUUCCUGCUGCUUUACGUGUCAUCCCCGUUUACUUCCCUAAAGAUUCAGUCACAAAAUCUAAAUAAUAAAGGUCUUUGUUCCCGAAUAGCCUCCUCCAGCCCUCACAGGUCUCCUUACAGGGCUUCACCCAGUAGAGCCGAGCGAAAGAAGGUUAGCACAUCGUUCUACGGACAGCUGGACGACUCCAGCGCAGCCACAACCCCGAAAAGCCCUCAGACUGAGAAACCCGAAAAGAGCAUCGCUCAAACCUUAGCUGACUCAUCUACAAAAAAACUUGAGUCUCCAACAACACCCACCCGAAGUUCUUCUACCCGCAAGAACCCCAGCACACCGAAAAGAUCCAAGUCCUGUAAGAGCCGCAUCCAGUCCCCAGCCUCCCCGGGUCAAUACCCCCCUUCCCCGAUGAGGCACAGAGCCACAACGCCAUGUUUAGAAAACAAGAGGUGGGAAGGAGAGGAGAAAGGGUCCUUGGAGAUUAAAGGCUGCAGCACUCUAGAGAGAAAGACCUCCAGAACAGAGAAAAUCACAAAAUCUGCAAGCAAGGAAUUUGGACAUAAUGCAGAGUCUCCAGUAACUCCCACUGGGAAAGCAGGUACCAGUGAUGCUGAGGAGGCCUCCAGGCUGCUGGCGGAGAGACGACGACUGGCAAGAGUACAGAAGGAGCAGGAAGAAAAGCAACGCCUAGAAGAGGAAAGGCUCAGGGCUGAGGAGCUCCAGAGGCAGCAGGAAGAGGAGAGACAGCGGCAGGAACAGGCAGCUCGAGAGGCAGAAGAGAAAAGACAGAGGCAGGAGGAGGAGCGCUGUCAAAGAGAGCUGGAAGACAGGCACCAAAAGGAACAACGCUGGAAGGAGCUCCAGGAUGAUCUGGAGAGACAGAGGGAGGAAGCAGUGCAGCGCGUUCAUAGAGAGGCUGAACGGAAGAGACAGGAGCGAGAGCUUCUGAAAAUUCAAGAGGAGCAGGAGAGACUUCAAAGGAAGAAGCGUAUUGAGGAGAUUAUGAAAAGGACAAGAAAACCGGAUGGGGAAAAGAAAGAAGAGGUGCAGAUGGAAGUCCCAUCCCCCAUUUCUGUUUCCCAGUCCAUCUCACCGUCUCCUUUGGAAACUGAAGGUAACACAGCGAUUAUUAGUCCACCAAAGGCAAAAUCUGAGUACCCAAUCAUAUGCCUUGAGCCACUGGAGGCAAAGAGCUGCGGGGCAGAUGAUCUCUCGGAUGGGGUUCAGUCCAUGGAUGUCAGUCCAGUGUCCAGAGACGAGCUCGUUCCAGAAUAUUCCCCCAUCAGCGAGAUCUCACAGAACAGCAUGACUUCUGUGGCUUUGGGCGAUAUCCACAUUCUGACGGGGCAGGUCUCGCAUCCCAAAGUGUCUGCUGCUCCAGCUUUUGGUGACUGCAACAAGAACCUGAUCCAGGAUUGCAGUAGCGCUGCUAUUGACUCAUCACUUUUCCAGAGUCUCAGACAAGUCUCAGACUCCUCAGACAAGCUCAACAUCUAAUGCAAAGACACUAUUGAAGCAUGGGGCUGGAGUGCACAGAUGAAUUGGAGUUGAGCUGAAAGAUGAGAACAGCCCUUUGUGCCUCAGCAGCUUCCUGAAUAUCCUCUAAACAGAAGAACAAGGACUGAAUGUCAAAUAAUGUGUUAAUAGCAAAGAAGGGACAACCUGACAGUUGAUUCCCCCACACAUAAAAUAAAGUUUGCCUGAUCUUCGUAGAUAUUAUAUUUCACACCAUUUCAGCUUAGUAUCACCAGACAAAGCAACUGUAUUAGCGCAGUCCUAGUGGUCUUCUUAUUCUUGUUAUACACCUGUAGCAUUGAAGAGUGAUACACCGUGACAAUUGUAGCAGCUCCAUUGUGUAAUUUGUUUUAUUUUGGGUUGCAUAAAUGACCAGCAAACCUAGCAGUUAUGUGCUGAGUCUGCUAAUUGUGCUGUACUGUAUGGCUGGGGUUUGCAAACAGUAUAUUGUGUAAAUCCAUUACUUCUCCGCGUCGUCUCUGCAAUCCAAGCUUUGUAGUCUGAAAGUGGAUAUGAAUAGAUGUAAAGUGUGAUAUUAUUCCACCAUAACACUGUUAUACUGGCAUUAAUGUAUUAUUAGUCAACAGCAGUUAGACGUUAUGGGGACGUAUACAGAAAAAAAGUGUACUUCUGAUGUAAUUUAUUGUGUAAAAGUUUAAAAAGGGACUUAAAAGUGCACAAUUUCAUUGUGUUAAAUAGCAUAGUGCUUUUAAUUCUUCAUAGACUUUUUCUGCAUUGUUUUGUUAUAUGACAUCAUUGCACACAGCUCUAUGCAGAUCAAGAAAACCAAGCAACCAUAAGAGCAACACAAAUCAAGGUAAUUCAGCGUCCAUACAAAUGUACAGCAGUGACUCAAAAGAUCUGUACUUCCUGAGUAUGUUGCUUAAAAUACUCUACCAUCUUGUAUACUCAGGGUGCUAGUGCGCUUUGCAUGCGAGUUCAGUUCCUUUGAUGUUUGGUGGUGAUAUGAUGCUGUAGUGUAAAACUUCAGAUGCGCUGGAUUGCUCCAGGACCAAUAAGAAACAAAUUUCUUGAAAGAUGGAAGUAUCUAUCUGUCUGUCUAUCUAUCUAUCUGUCUGAACUUGGGAUGUUGAUUACAUUUUUGAUUGUACAGAGAGCGAUGGGUUAAUACUGUAAUUCAGCACUUCAAAAUUACAUUUGAGAAAAGGUGCAUGAAUCAGCUGCUUUGAAGUUGCCGAACCUUGAGAUAAUGACAUUACAAUAAAACAUAUAUCACACC